UGCACUUUCUGCUAAUUUGUGAUUGAGCCUCUUCAAGAUGGCCGCCGGUAGACUCUUGGGCUGUCUUUAAACUUUUAUUUCUUCCUCUUCUCUGGAGUGUCGUUUAAGAUUUGAAGAUUUUUUUCAACCAUAUAAAAUCCACUGAGCGAUAUGAGACACGUAUUAGAUUAUAUUUUUCUUUAUCUUUAAAUUAAGCGUGUAUUUUUAUUUUAUUUGCCAGCAUUGCUAGCGUGUUAGCUGCUGUUUCCGUGCUAGCCUGCUAAGCUAAUCCAGUAAAUACACUGCAUCUGAGGAACAGCUGUGUUCAUCCUCAGAUGUUUCGGAGUGUUUUGUUGAAGCGGUGAUACCCGGCGUUACCAUACACUGUACCUCUCUUACUUGUGUCCACGUCUGGGAACAGUUUGGCCAUGAGUGGACCCUGAGUACUCUUCAGGUGCGAUAAAAUGGCCGCCGAACUUUAUGCUGCUAAGAAGUUGCCCUCGGUGGCGGCCACGGCGACGGCGGUGCAGCAGUACCAACAGCAGAACAUCAGCAACAACAACACUGUACAGGGCUGCAACUGGCAGGGACUCUAUCCCACCAUCAGAGAGAGAAACGCAGUCAUGUUUAACAAUGAGCUGAUGGCGGACGUGCACUUCGUGGUCGGCCCUCCCGGGGGCACACAGAGAGUUCCAGGGCACAAGUACAUCCUGGCCGUCGGCAGCUCUGUCUUCUAUGCCAUGUUCUACGGGGAGCUGGCGGAGGAUACAGAUGAGAUCCGCAUCCCAGACGUCGAGCCACAUUCCUUCCUGGCCAUGCUCAAAUACAUCUACUGUGAUGAGAUUGACCUGUGUGCGGACACCGUCCUGGCCACGCUGUAUGCUGCCAAGAAGUACAUGGUUCCUCACCUGGCGCGUGCCUGCGUGGCGUUCCUGGAGACCAGCCUGAGUGCACGCAACGCCUGCGUGCUGCUGUCGCAGAGCUGCCUGUUCGAGGAGCCGGAGCUGACGCGCCGUUGCUGGCAGGUGAUCGACGCCCAGGCCGAGCUCGCGCUGCGCUCUGACGCCUUCUGCGACAUCGACCUGCGCACGCUGGAGAGCAUCCUUCGGCGUGAAACCCUCAACGCGAGCGAGACGGUCGUUCUGGAGGCGGCUCUCAGCUGGGCCGAGGCUGAGUGCCAGCGCCGUGAACUGCAACCCACUGUCGAAAACAAGAGGCUGGUGCUGGGCGAGGCUCUGUACCUCAUCCGUGUCCCAGCGAUGUCACUGGACGAGUUUGCAAACGGCGCGGCGCAGUGCGGCCUGCUCACUCUUGCCGAGACCAACGCGGUCUUCCUGUGGCACACGGCAGCUAACAAACCCGAGCUGCCCUUCGUUAGCCAGCCGAGGAAAGGCCUGACGCCCCAGCGCUGCCACCGCUUCCAGUCCUGCGCCUACCGUAGCAACCAGUGGCGUUACCGUGGACGCUGUGACAGCAUUCAGUUUGCUGUGGACAGGCGCGUGUUUAUUGCCGGGUUCGGCCUUUACGGCUCCAGCUGCGGCUCGGCCGAGUACCAGGCUAAGAUCGAGCUCAAGAGGCAGGGCACCACGCUGGGCCUCGCUGUCGUCAAGUACUUCUCAGAUGGCUCCAGCGGCACGUUCCCGGUGUUCUUCGAGCACCCUGUGCAGGUGGAACCUGAUACGUUCUACACAGCCAGUGUGGUGCUGGAUGGCAACGAGCUCAGCUACUUCGGCCAAGAAGGGAUGACCGAGGUGCAGUGCGGGAAGGUCACCUUCCAGUUCCAGUGCUCCUCAGAUAGUACCAACGGUACCGGAGUGCAGGGGGGGCAGAUACCCGAGCUCAUAUUUUAUGCCUGAGAAACAACUUUACAAGGUCUCUAAGGUCAUGCGAAAAUCUCCAACUUGUACAGAAACGUUGUUGUGGUUGUAAUGACAGCAGGUAGGACGUCUUUACAGGUAAAUCUGCCCAGAAUCAUACCUGGAUUUCUGAUGACUCGUUGCCAUGUUCAGUUCCAUUUUGGCAGCUUUUUCAGAUUUUAAAUUCAUGGCACAUGACGUGAAGGUGUUAAGGGGUUAAACUGACCGGCAGCUAGCAAGUGCUGGGUUACGGAUACAUCACUAGCAUGACAAUCACCAGCGCACCCCCUGACUUACUACAACCUGACUGGACAACACGACGUUACGUUUUAAACCUAACACACGAUUGCCUUACUGUCCUCUUGUUUCGCUAGCCUGUUGUAACGUGCUGGUAUGGCCAAAUGAACCACAGUCCCAGCUUUUACUAAUGCUAGACAUGACCUACGAGUGAAUUUCCUGCAAUUCUGUUCAGCUUUUUAAAGCUGCCUGCGAGCUAAAUUACAAUAAAAACACGGACAAACAUGAGAUCCGGUCUGAAGGGCAAUAUUUCCGAUCACGUGUUUGUUUUUUUGCAGGUCUAGAAGGAAAAACAGCAUCGUUAUUACAGAUUACUCUUUAUCUAGGAAGCAAUUCAGCUAGCUAACUAACAAUUUUCUGUCAUUUUCACUGAUGACAUAUCCAUCUGAGUGAGGCCAUGGUCAUGGUUUAAUCCAGUUGGGACUUGGUUUCCUCAUGGCGAGUUCCUUCCUGUUCCAGUGAAGCACAUGCUAAUCAUACGUGACUAUAUCUUGGUAGCACGUGAGCUUUUUGGAUUUUGUCUGUAUACUCAGCCAGCAUCUUUGCAUCAAAACUCUGCGAUGUUUGUUUGUUUAUUCGUUACUUAGCGUGGUGUUUGUUCCUGUGGUCUUGUGGCUUUUGCUUCAAUAGCACCAGAUAGGUGCCUUUUUUUUCAUCUUUAGCCUUUUAAUAUUUAAACCACUAAAAUUCACUCACGGUGUCUGGAUCCAUUGUGCAGUCGGGGUCUGUGUCUGUCAGUUUCUACAUCGUGCCUUGUGUUUCUGGUUCACUAAAAAGAAAACGGCUGACUAGUUUCUGAAUCCGCAGAAUACAAAGGCAGCUCGCCGGUAACACUACCAAAAAAAAAAAAGGUUGUAGCUGCUAGACCGUAUUCAAAGAGUAAAUACUGGCAAAUGAAUCAUGUUUUUGUACACAUUUACAUACAUUAUACAUGUAAUAAAUAAAAGUGCUUAUUUUGUGAAAUUGAUACUUGAUAAUUUUUAUACUUGAUGUGCUCGACUUUGUGUAUCAGAUGCUCGGUGUAAUAACUCGAGGCCAGUUUUCUUGUCAGGGUGAAGGCUGUCGCUUCAAUGGGUUUCAUGGUUUAACAAUUGUUGUACAAUGAAGAGCUCAGAUUGUUUAAAAACACUAGCAGGGUUUUUUUUUUCUUGUUUCAUGAAGGGCUUGAUGAUGCUUUGUGCUGCUCAUCACUACUUUUUUUUUUUUGUUACAUCCCACUUGUCCUUUUGACAUUUUUUUGUUUGUAACUUUACACUGGUGAAGUUUAGUGACGCUUGUUAUUGUUUUCAUCCAAUUUCCUGAGGAAAAAAAAUUGCUUACUGCCCCUUUAAUCACAGUGAACAUUCACACAAUCUGAAAUAAACCCUGUUCACACAA